CCGACGCGCGACAGGGGGCGUGGUACGAGCGUGCCUCUGGCGGUGAUGGUGGGCGGCGGGCUGGCUGCAGUGCCAGUUGUGGUGGUGGCAGCUGUCCUCAUCUGGCUCCGGGUUUGUCGUCGGGCUGGUGGAAAUGGUGGCAGCGAGGACGGCAGCUCGGAGGGCAGGGACAGACGGCCCUCCACCCACAGCAAGGACGGCGGCUCCACUGACCUGGCGUCGGAGGUCACGCAGGCGGACGAGAGGAACCCGGACAUCAUUUCUCACACACCUGAUCCGACCGAGUGUGUGGAGAAGUGCGGCGACAUCGCAACCAUAUCGACAACUUCGUCAUUUUAUCUACCCAAUGGCGGUCCAAAAUAUCCAUCUGCUGCUGCGACAGCACCUGUGGCCUCGUCUGUGGCUGCUGUUGUCACACCUGCCCCUGCGACGGGGGGUGUGAUGGAGUACCCGCAGAUCGUGUGUUCGGAAUCCAGCCUCUCCCAUGUUCCUGUUCAUUCCCACGCCCACACUGCAGGUCACACGGUCAUCAUCCCCCGCGCCCACACUGCAGCUCACGCCCACUCGCCCCCUUGCGGUACUAAUGUUGUCACCUCGCAAGUGCCUUAUUUUCCUGAGGGACAGCAGACGCAAGUUAUGGACGUGCCCUUGCCACCCCCCUUGUCCUACAAUCAGGGUUACCAGCCUAGCGAGCACGACUACCAGCCCGCUAGCAGCCAGUGUUACUCCACCUUAGAGCGUAAGCGACACCAGCAGGGCUGUCCGCAGCAGGGAUUUCAGCACACCACUGGCUUUCAGGCUGAGGCUCUGCACUACGACGCGAGUCAGCAGCCCGCCUUUCCUCACCUCUACCAGACUCCGUCGGGGAGUUACUCGCAGACGCCCCACGGGUCCCAGUACAGCUUAUCCCAGUACCAGGGCGCGCUCGUCCCGGGCGGCCACCCGCCGAUGGACUCCCCUUCGCAGAGCCACCAGGGAACCCUUAGGAGGGGGUCGUCGAAGAAGGGCCCCAAAGCGGAACCUCCCCUGGCGAGCGUCGCGGCGCCCCCGAUGGCGUCCGUGCACCACCACCGCCAGUGUGACAUCCACGGCCCUCAGGGGGGCCUCGGGGGCGAGUCGAGUGGCACUCUGAGGAGAAGCAGACGGGAGGGCGAAGGCCGGACGGAUCCUCGGAGUUCCGUGGACGGAGUGGAACUGUCGGGGGAGAAGUCCAGCGCCCCGACGCCCUCCGCCAGCAGGAAAAACAAGCGCGAGAGUGCCGUGUGAGGACGGGCCAGGGCGAGCAGGGUGCCUCGUCCUGCGCUCGACAGGUCGCUCAGCUCCGUGGUGGCCAUGGCGGUCGUCCUUAGCGAAUCCCGUUCCGAUGAGGAGACUUUGGGCUUUGUGUUCUUGGACGAACUUCCCGGUUCUUAAAAUAGCAAAUAAAUGUGUUGUAAGCACUUGGUCGUUUAUAACUGUUCAUUAUAUGAAACAAUAAAGGAUGAAAUAAGUAUCAUGCGAAAGCGAAAGUAACUGAGACAUACAUGUUUGUAUGUAUGUACCCACACUUACACACACACACACACACACACACACACACACACACACACACACACACACACACACACACACACACACA